UCUUAUCUGCAAAGAGAAUCAAUGGAUAAGCAGGAAAUUGAAAAUUAAGUAUAGAAAGAACCCAGGGAAUGCCGUUACACCCAUCAACCCUUUAUCCCAUGGCUUUCUAUUCUGCUAUUCUUCCUCACAAUUCCUACUCAUGCCUCUCUCCAAUCCCACAAACUCUAAGGAGAAAUCCAUGCAUUCGGGGAGUAACCGUCAGAGCUACAAAUGCUGCCGCUGGACCAGGCAAGGAGAAUGGCACUCAGGCGACGGCGACGAACGAAGAGCCCUCUAAGACUCCGUCACCGACGACGACAACAACAACGACAAAGACGAAUAAGUUGCCCAAGAAGCCUGUAUAUUCAAUGAAGAAAGGUCAGAUCGUGAGAGUGGACAAGGAGAAGUAUCUUGACAGUGUCAAUUAUUUGUCUGUUGGACAUCCUCUUUAUUACAAAGGCUUGGACUACAUCUAUGAAGAUCGUGGUGAGGUCUUGGACAUACGUAUUUUUGAGACAGGAGAGUAUGCACUUAUUGCAUGGGUUGGAAUCCCAACUGCACCAGCUUGGCUCCCAACGGAUAUGCUUAUCAAGUCCAAUACACUCAAUUACGAGAGGAUGUAAAUUUAGGCCCUGAAGGCAGAACCCUGAAACAUCCUUUGUGGAUGCUCUUAGCUCCUGUCGUGCUACAAGUACUUCUAGGUUUUCUUGUGCAUCCUUAUUCGUUUAUCUCUGGUAAAUGAUGUGUAGUGAAUUUAUUAGAUGAUUAUAUCUCAUGAAUGAUAGAAUUUGAGGAUCUUGUUAUGUAUCA